UGGCGUUACACGUGAAAUGUCUUGAGUUCUACAAUGCAGCUGGUUUAAUAUGCAACUCGCAGAGCUGUCUGGCUGGACUGGUUGGUUAUAAUCGAGCAGAUUACGUUUGCAAGUCACAGAGGUAGAGAGACUGAGAGAGGGAGGGAGAGAGAAUGCGUUUUGGACAGACGAUCUGAUAUCCUGCAAGCGACCCCGACAUUGCAUCGAGCUCUGCGAUCCUAACUUGAUUUUGAAGGCAAGCUUCCCAAACAUUAAUGUCUCUGUUGGAUAAUGUAAUACGGAUGCGAUGGUUACCUUUAUUACGAUCUUGCAGGUGAAUCUAGUGAUGUCCAUCCUGCUGUAUGUGAUGUUUCUUGCUUACCUCUGUGGUCUCCAUGCUACAUCAAUGGGUAAAAGAAAAGACCCAGUGAAUUCCCUGAUCAUCAAACUCCUCCAAGAGGACAUAAAGAAAAACAAACAGCAGCAGCCAGAGGACGUUUUUGACAAAUACCAAGACACGCAGCUAGAAGGCGAUAUUCCAGAGGAUGCAGGUUUUUUCGAAAGGAAAACAUCAGCCUACCAACAGGUCUAUAGUAUUGAUGCAGAGUUAUUGAGACAGCAUAAGCGGUAUAAUUCACCGCGGGUGCUUCUGAGCGACCGGCCACCGCUACAGCCACCACCAUUGUAUUUAAUCGAUGAUUACUUGGGGAAUUCUGAAAUGGGGAAUAAAACACGGAAAAAACGCUAUGUGGAGCAGAAGAGCUACCGAGGGGAGUAUUCUGUGUGCGACAGCGAAAGCGUGUGGGUCACAGACAAAUCCACGGCGGUAGAUAUCAGAGGACAUCAAGUGACCGUUCUAGGAGUUAUCAAAACCGGUGGCUUGGACGUCAAGCAAUACUUUUACGAAACCAAAUGCAGGGCAGCCAAGCCGCUCAGAAGCGGUUGCCGAGGAAUCGACGACAAACACUGGAAUUCACAAUGCAAAACCUCACAGACCUUCGUCAGAGCGCUAACCAAGGAGAAAAGCACUAUGGGGUGGAGGUGGAUACGAAUCAAUACGUCGUGCGGGUGCGCACUUUCAAGGAAAAUCAGGAGAACAUAAUUACACGCAUAACAUUCUUUUUGGAUUGCAAAUAUAAGUUAUUCUGUUUUAAGUUAUAUGAAAUGCAUGUAGCGUAUUAUUAUUAUUAUUGUUG